AUGAAAUAUUUAUUAUUAUCCCUUAUCCUUUUAAUUUCAACUUCAACAUUUAUCAAUGCAUCAUUAAAUAUUAAAUAUGGUUCAUGUCAAGGAAGUUGUUCUUGUGCAUCUAAUAUGAUUGAAAAUUUCCAAACUAGUGAAUCAUUAGAAGUGAUAAAGAUUCCAGAUUAUCCAGAAUCAGUAUCAUUUAGUAAUUUAUUUAAUGCAUCAUGGAAUCCAUCAACAAAAACAAUAACUUUUACAGAGACAGGAUCAUUUACAAUUAGACACCAAGAAUUAAUUUAUCCAAUUAAUGUCACCGAUAAUAGUUACAAUGUACCACAAUGUGCAUAUCAAAUCCAAAGUACAACAAGUAGUUCAUGUUUUUAUCAAGUAUUAUGUAAUACCAAUCAAGAUAAUUCUUCAACUUCUUUAAAAUCAACUUCUUUAAUUUUAACAAUUAUUUUAAUUUUUAGUUUAUUAUUAUAA